AUGCGAUUCCCAGAAACGUCGCUUCUCUGGGAAGGCUGGCGCACCAAGUCGAUUGCGUACUCGGCGCUUGAGCUGCAGUACAUGGCCGCGCUCUGCUCCGUGCUCGACGCGCCCGACUGGCGAUCGACGUCGUCCCGACGCCUGGCUUCGCCACUGCUAUGCCAAGAAGUCGACCACAUUCGGGAUUCCAACCCACACGACUGGACCCCCAACACGGCGCGCGGCGUGUACCAUGCCGAUUUUGGCAACGACGACGAGACCUGCGCCGCGUUACGAACGCAUCUCGCGUCGCUGGCGGGGCCGUGGAGCGGCCCACUCCACACCAUUGUCGAGCCAAUGCGCUGUGGCUCGAUCGAGGGACGCACGCGAGUUGAGAGCCUGCACGCGCCGCCAACGCCGUGGGCCACCGAGUGGAGACGCGGCACGGGGGCCAUCAACGAGGCCGUGCGGCUCUCAGCACUGGUGUUUUACGAUCUCGUCAACGUCGAGGCGCGUCUUGAGUUGCGAGAGACGUUUGAGCGUGCCAACACGCAUCCGAGCCCCGAUGAUGAAGCGACGGAGGUGUUCGGUCGUGAGAUUUCCGAAAAGCGAACGCAAGAGACGGGGUUUCUUACCGCACACAUUGGCCGCGUCGUGCUGAUCCAUACAAACGUGGCCUACCGCGUCACGCUCCGGCGCGUCGACGCGACACGCGGUGGCCACUGCAACGUCCUCGCGUGGCACCUUGUUGAUGCGCACAACGGCGGUCUCUUGUCGACGGCCGAGGUGUACCCGCAGCAGCGAGCCUGGUUCCUCGAGGCCAUUCAAGGCACCCGUCUCACGGCGCUCCCGACGGACCUGCUCGAGCUCGUGCUUUUGUGUGUCGGUGCUGGCUUUGAGGACGAUGCAACUUUUGUCGACACGUGUCGUGGGACUCGCGACGACAUUGUGCGCCGCUCGAUGUAA